CACUUUGCUGCUGCCGCCGAUCAUUUGAAAAGAAACCAUGUUGAAAAUUGUUGGUGUCGUUUUGUUCUUUGCAGUAUUCUGCUGGGCCGAAGAUACUGAACAACCUUCGGAAGGAGAGUUCAAUGGCGAGCUUUUUGAAGGAGAUCUCAUUCUUCCGCCAAGCUUAUCAAGAGCGGGAAGAAAGACGAACAGAUGGCCCGGGGGAAUCUUUUACUACACAUUGACAAGCGGAAUUACUUCUCAGUCAAAAGCAAUGACUGCCUUCCGUGCUGCCGUGAGUGAGUGGGAAUCAAAGACCUGUAUCCGUUUCAAACAACGAACCAGAGAACCGGCAUAUGUGGAAUUUGUCACUGGACGCGGAGGAUGCUGGUCGAAUGGUAUUGGAAGGAAUGGUAAUCAAAAACAGACAAUUAACUUGGACCCCGGAUGCUGGGGAAAAGGAACAGUCGUGCAUGAAAUCGGUCAUGCCUUGGGUUUCUGGCACGAGCAAUCCAGACCUGACAGAGAUGAUUUUAUCGAAAUCCUUUGGAACAAUAUUAAACAAGGCAUGGAUAGUCAAUUUCGUAAAGUUCCUCACCAUAAUGUUGACAACCAGGGUUCCCGCUAUGAUUUUGCCAGCGUUAUGCAUUAUCCCAAAUGGGCGUUCCAGAAGUCUCGUGGACUAGAUACGAUCAGACCAAGACCAAAAUAUGCAGGCCAAACCUUUGGGCAGAGGAAUGGGCUGAGUACGGAGGAUGCAAAUCAAAUGAAUAAAAUGUAUGCCAAGGAAUGUCGCGCAAAUCCAGCGACCCCUCGACCAACAAGUGGUGGUGGAUCAUCGUGUAAAGACAACAACACAAAUUGUCCACGCUGGACAAGUUAUUGUGCAAAUAACGACUAUGUCAAGAGAAACUGCAAGAAGACUUGCAAUUUAUGCGGAUCGUCGUCGUGUCAGGACAAAAACACAAGUUGCCCGAAGUGGACAAGAUUAUGCAAGAGCCACCAAUAUGUCAUUAAAAAUUGCUUGAAGACUUGUGGAAGAUGUUAGACUUAACAGAAGAUGAUCUUUAUCAGAAAAAUAAGCUUGACAGUUGUUACAUUAUAAAGCAUUUAAAUGAUUUAAUGAAAUAAACGCAUUACUGAAAUCUCAA